GUCAACAACACUCAAAUCUUGGAAAAAUAAGCAAGAGAGGUGGAGAUGGUAUGGAGAGAGAUAGUAGAGAGAGGGAAGCCAGAAGUGAGUGAGGCAGGAAAGAGGGGAGCCCAAGACAAGACCCAGGGCAGGUUAGGGAGAAACACUUGCAGGAUGUUUCUACUACCGCUGCUCCUGCUAGGGACUGCCACGAGCAGAUGCCUGCAUGAGGAGACCCAGAAAUCUGUGACCCUUCUCCGGCCCCAUCUCUCCCAACCUGCCCCCAACUUCCGCUCUUCCGCCCUCACCCUGCCUGACUCCCGUGACCCUCAACCCCUGCGAAUCCGAACCUGCUAUAUCAGAGACCCUGUAUCAGAUGGAGCUUGGGAUCCUGAGGGAGCUGGGAUGAGAGGGGGACCUGCAGCCCUGGCCCUGGCCGCAGCCAGGCAGGCUGCUCAGCAACUCCAGGGAAUCUUCGCAGUCCCUCCAGUUCAAGGCCCCCUGCUUUUGAGUCGAGACCCCGCACAGUACUGCCAUGCUGUCUGGGGGGACCCAGACACGCCAAACUACCACAGAUGCAGCCUCUUGAACCCAGGGUACAAAGGAGAGAGUUGCCUGGGGGCAAAGAUCCCUGACACCCAUCUCCGUGGUUAUGCAUUGUGGCCAGAGCAGGGUCCCCCACAGCUGGUCCAGCCAGAUGGGCCCGGGGUCCAAGACACUGAUUUUCUCCUGUAUGUGUGGGUGGCCCACACUUCCAAGUGCCAUGGAGAGCCCUCUGUCAUGGCCUAUGCUGCCUGCUGCCAUCUGGACUCGGAAGACAGACCCCUUGCUGGGACCAUCGUCUACUGUGCCCAGCAUCUCACCAGCCCCAGCCUCAGCCACAGUGACGUCGUCACGGUCACACUCCAUGAAUUGCUCCAUGCUCUGGGUUUCUCUGGACAGCUCUUUAAGAAGUGGCGGGAUUGCCCCUCAGGACCCAGCGCUAGAGAGGACUGUUCGACAAGGCAACAAGUGACAAGGCGAGAUGAGUGGGGACAGCUGCUUCUCACCACCCCAACUGUUAGCCACAGCCUGGCCAGACACUUGGGAGUGCCGGGGGCUUUGCCGGGUGUUCCCUUGGAAGAAGAGGGUCCUUCGUCUUCGCACUGGGAGGCCCGACUGCUCCAGGGUUCUAUAAUGACUGCUACCUUUGAUGGUGCCCGGCGCACUCGGCUCGAUCCCAUCACUCUUGCUGCCUUCAAAGAUUCGGGCUGGUACCGAGUCAACCACAGCGCUGCGGAGGGGCUGCUGUGGGGCCGGGGAUCUGGCCUGGAAUUUGGCCUGGUGACUACGUGUGGGGCUGGCUCCUCAGACUUCUUCUGCACUGGCAGCGGACUGGGCUGUCACUACCUGCAUCUGGACAAGGGAAGCUGUUCCUCGGACCCCUUGCUGGAAGGCUGCCGCAUGUACAAGCCCUUGGCCAAUGGGAGCGAAUGCUGGAAGAAGGAAAAUGGGUUCCCACCUGGGGCAGAGAACCCCCACGGGGAAAUUUACCAUCCCCAGAGUCGUUGCUUCCUUGCCAACCUCACUUCACAACCGCUCCGUGAGGACAAGACCGGGCAUCCCUCUGAGAUCCCACACCCGAAGGAAGCAGAGCUCACCGGCCGCUGCUACUUACAUCAAUGCACAGAGAGAGGAGCAUACAAGGUGCAGGCACAGGGGUCACCCUGGGCCCCAUGCCUUCCUGGAAAGGCCAUUCAGAUACCUGGGUACUCGGGUCUUCUCUUCUGUCCCCGCGGUCGGCUGUGUCAAACUAACGAAGUUACCAAUGCUGCUACUUCCCCACCUGUGAGUCUUCCACCCCAAGACCUGUCAUUCCAGCUGUCUUUUCAAUUAGCUGGGCCCCCAGGCCACUCGGUGGGGAAGGAAGAGCUGGACGGGCUGACUGAAGCAGUACUCCAGGCGCUGGUGAGCAGAGGCAGCCCCAGCAGGUGCUAUUUCCACAGCCCCUCCACUACCACUAGUCUGGUGUUCACUGUGUACAUGGGCAAGUCCCCUGGCUGCCAAGGGCCUUCAGUUGGUACGCUGCACAGGGCCCUGACCCUGACUCUCCAGAAGAAGCCCCUAGAAGUACAUUUUGGAGGAGCCAGCUUUACCACAGGACACACCAAGUUGCUGGUUACCUUGGACCGUAAUCCCUUUGUGACCCAUCUAGCACUGUCCACAGGACUCUGCCUAACACUGCUUAUUCUGGUGGGUGCACUGGGAACCGUGGCCUAUCAGAAACGAGCUACUCUUCGGGUGGCACCAUCUGCCCCUCACCAUUCACCAGAGCUCCAAGACACAAGGGGCCCAGCUGGAGGAAUAAGGGAGGUGUGA